UAGGAAAAAACGAAGUUCUUGUCCCCCAAACACGUUUAUCGUUCACAUCUGUUGUUCCUUUGUUCCACGCUUUCUGACUCCGGACAGGCAUCGCCGCCGUAAACAACCACCUCCGCCGCCGCGGCGGUCCGACGCGCUCUACCGCCACUAAUUUUGUCACAAGCUACAAGCUUUUUUAUAGCUCAAGCACCUUACUUAUUCCCUGUUUGGUUGCUGAAAAAAAAAGAGGAAACAAGAAACAAGAAACUACAUUUUAGGUGUUUCUUCCUCGCCUAUCAAAACAUUAAUUGGAUCAGUGAUUGUAGAUAGAGACUUUGCAUCAGAACAGGAUGAGGUUCAAGGGGUUUUAGUGGGGUUUUCAAAAAUUUCUGCAUUCUGCAUUAGGCAAUAGAAGUAUAUUUGCCGAGUGCAUGAUAUAUUUGCCAUUUUUUGUAUUUUCUUCAGCAUAACAGCUGUGUCUGUAAGUAAACAUUUGAUGUAUGGUGGUUGUACACUUCAAUUUGCUUUUAUUAUCUCGGGAUUGUGCAUGUAGAUAGCUUUCUAACUUUUCCUAUGUGCCUCAUAAUAAAUAUCUUUUCUUUGAUCUUUUGUGAUCUCUGACCUAUAAUACUGUUCUGAAGAAUCUAAACUAUUCCCUCGUAGUUUAGUGGAGUUUUUAACAUAUCAAAUUCUUUGUUCUCUGAUGUCGGAUAGUAUGAACUUGCUGCUAAUCUUUCUUAUUAAAGCCUGCUGUUUGCUCACCAAAACUUUCAUCCAAUAGGUUUUCAGGUUUGAUGAAGGAGUUCUUAACAAAUAAUGUUUCUAUACACAGGGAUUUCCUGUGAAGGUCUUUGUUCCUAGAGAAUACUGGAACAAGAUUAGUUUUUUCACAAGCAAAUUUACAAUUAGUAUUUUGAGAUCUUGAUUAGUUAUAAUCUUGUUUCUGAGAGGAAAUAUAUUGGGCUAAUACUUGGGUGAAGGGAAUUGGAGGGAUGCAAAUUUUUAGAUAUCUCUAUAGAUGUCUGUUAUAUUACGGCGCCUUCGAUGGAUGAUAGCUGGUUUAAAUAAAGGAACACCAGUAACCCCUAAGAGGCUGCACAGUGCUGAUGUGCGGCCUGUGCCUCUUUCGCCACUGUCAAAGCAGCAACAAUUGCAACUACUCAAGUCCUAUUACGCGUCAAAGUCUGAGGACAGAAAGCCUAAACAACCAAUGUUGGAGGCUGUGCAUGAGAUUUCCAUCUACAUUCACCGGUUUCACAAUCUUGACUUGUUCCAGCAAGGAUGGUACCAGAUUAAGAUUACAAUGAGAUGGGAGAAUGGUGAUAAUGGGGUACUAGGAACUCCAUCCAGAGUCAUACAAUAUGAAGCUCCUGAUUUGGGUUCCGAAGAUGCAUAUGGAGUAUGGAGGAUUGAUGAUACAGAUCAUAGUUUCUCCACACAGCCUUUCCGAAUCAAAUAUGCAAGGCAGGAUAUUCUUCUCUCCAUGAUGGUCUCCUUCAACUUAUCUCUGAGCAAGCAUGAGGGUCCAUCAACAUCUGGCGUCAUUCUGAAAUUUGAGCUUUUCUAUGCACCUAUAUUGGAGAACGGGACUAGUCUACAGGCUUCCUUGGAUGCUUCUCCUGCUGCAGUCCAUGAAUUUCGUCUUCCAUCCAAAGCUCUUCUAGGGUUGCACUCUUAUUGUCCUGUACAUUUUGAUGUUUUUCAUGCAGUACUGGUCGAUGUGAGUGUGCACAUCAGCCUUUUGAAAAGUGGUGUUUACACCUCCUCACAGAAGGUACCAAGCGACCCUCGUGUGGAUGAAGAUAACGAUAACGAAGAUUACGAUCAGGCAAAACAAGAAAUGCUUAUUAAAGCCCUUUCAAGUGCACGUGACAUACUUUUCGAGGAGCUACAAAAAAUUAGCAAGGCUAUAAAUCAGUCUAUUGAUUUUGCUGAUUUUACUUCCAAGUUCGAUGAUAAACAAGGAUCUCAAUUUCCUGCAAGUGCAGACACAGACUUGAUGAAUGAUAAGGCUGCAAGAGAAGUGCCAAGCAACAUACUGAAUGGCUCCAAGAAACUAGAAGAUGGAGUUCUUCAGUCUCAAUCUAAGGAUGACUUACUCCAGUUGUAUCAUUCCCUUGGCAACCAAGUCUAUUACUUGUGGAGUAUGUUUAUGAGGUUUCACAGGACUCAUAAGACAUCAAUUAUGGAUUUUCUGCGUGAGCAAUGGGCUAUUGAUCGAAGAGCUGAAUGGUCAAUAUGGAUGGUUCAUUCUAAAGUUGAAAUGCCUCACCAAUACAUAAGUAGUGACAUUGAUAGCUCUUCUUACCAUGGUUCCCAUGGGAGAGCACCUGUCCUGCGGAAGAUAUCGGAGGAUCCUGCACAGACUGCAGCUAUGCGAGCUGACCUUCAUAGAAGAAGUAUUGCACAAAUGAGGAUCAACAGUCGAUCUAUCCAAGACAUGCAUAUAUUUGGAGAUCCAUCGCGCAUCCCAAUUGUAAUAGUAGAGCGUGUUGUUAAUGCACCUUUGCGGUCAACAAGUGGAAAUUCAUACUUCAUCCACCGGGAGCCAAAAGAUGCAAAAAGCUUGCUAGUUGAGACACAUUCUAAAGGCACAAAAAAGAUUCAUGGUGCAACCCCUUGUCAAAAUGGCCGUGUUUUGAAGAUUGUGGUUUUUGUCCAUGGAUUCCAGGGACAUCAUUUAGACUUGCGCCUUGUUCGGAACCAGUGGCUAUUAAUAGACCCCAAGAUGGAGUUUCUUAUGUCAGAAGUUAAUGAAGACAAAACAGCGGGAGACUUUAGAGAAAUGGGCUUAAGGCUGGCACAAGAAGUAACUUCUUUCAUAAAAAAGAAAAUGGACAAAGCCUCGAGAUCUGGAAAUUUGAAGAGUAUUAAGCUAAGCUUUGUUGGACAUUCGAUUGGGAACAUCAUAUUAAGAACAGCUUUAACAGAGAGCAUCAUGGAACCAUAUCUCAGAUUCCUUCACACUUAUGUUUCUGUAUCUGGUCCACAUCUAGGUUACUUGUACAGUUCAAAUUCUUUGUUCAAUUCUGGGUUGUGGCUCUUGAAGAAGCUCAAGGGCACACCAUGCAUACAUCAGCUUACAUUUACAGAUGACCCUGAUCUCCGGAACACAUUCUUGUACAAACUUUGCAAGCAAAGGUCCUUGGAGAAUUUCAGGAAUAUUAUUUUGUUAUCUUCACCUCAGGAUGGUUAUGUUCCAUAUCAUUCUGCAAGAAUCGAGAUGUGUCAAGCAUCUUCAGGGGACAACUCAAAAAAGGGAAAAGUAUUUCUGGAAAUGCUGAAUGAUUGCUUGGACCAGAUACGUGCUCAGUCAUCCGAGCAUCGAGUAUUCAUGAGGUGCGAUGUCAACUUUGACACAACAUUGCAAGGAAGGAACUUGAAUACGAUAAUCGGAAGGGCUGCUCAUAUAGAGUUCUUAGAGUCUGACACUUUUGCCAAGUUCAUAAUGUGGUCAUUUCUCGAGUUGUUUACAUGACUUGUGGGCUGGUCAAUUUCUUCAUCACAUCUGGACUCCCAUCUCCUGGAGCCUGUCUAACGUGUUACACGAACCUCAUAAAUGGCUAUGGCUCUAGGAUGUCAGAACGUCGUCACACUCCGCGACCAUGAAUAUGGCUGCUGUGGUAAGUCAUUUGCUGCAAGCUGAUUUUGGUGAAGCUGCUCCGCUUAGCUGUGUUAUAACUCUAUACCGCAGUUACAGUCAUAGCGAAUGCUGGAAAGCCUAACGACUAAUCUACAUUUAGUGGAGAUCACAAUAUUUUUGGACUUGGAAUUCCUAGCUUUAAUAUGUUGUGCAGUAAUAGAAUCAUCAGGUAUAACAAAGACUAAUUGUAGCCACACUUUGAGUUAGACAAGUUAUUUUUAAUAUUAUCUAAUUAUAUUCUUAUA